AUUAAUAAACUAUGAAUACAAUAGAAAAAGAAAAUCAUUUUAGAUCUUAAAAUGAUAAUGAAUUUUAGAAACAAAUGAAUCUUAAAUAUAUAUAUCCAAGAUACAAACCUGUUUAAUAAACAUAAUAAAUUAAUUAAUAAAGGCCAAUUAACUUAAAUAAAUCUUCACUAUCAUAGUCAACCCAAUAAAUAAAUUAGUCCCCCAAAAAAAUAUAAAUUGAAUAAUAACAACCACCACAACAGCAAUAAUAGAAUUAAUAGUAAGCAACUGCUGUACCUUAAAGAAGAAUUAGAAUUAUAGAAAUUAAAGACAUGAAUUGA